GGCUGACCUGGCCCAACACGCCCACUGUCCACCGAUUGGUCAGGCCAUGUAUUACCCUCCCCUUCAAUAACAUCGUCUGAUUGGCCCUGCGUUGUUAUUUAGUGAUGUCACAGAAUCGCGCCCUGACUCAAACCUCCAAACUCACCAGUGUUGACAUGAUGGCUUCUCCCUGCUCCCAGACCUCAUCUCCUAACCCCUGGAGCAAUGAAGAGGUUAAAACCUUCCUCUCGUUGCUCAGCGACGAGAGAAUCCAGCGCGAACUGGAUGGCACGGUGCGUAAUGAGAAGAUAUUUCAGGGGCUUGCACAGGCGAUGUUCACCCACGGCUUUGAACGCACCUCGAAGCAGUGCCGAGAAAAAAUAAAAAAGCUCAAGGCUGAGUACAGGUCCGUCAAGGACCACAACAGCAGGAGUGGAGCAGACAGGCGGCAGUGGAAGUGGUUUGCUGAAAUGGACGCCAUUUAUGGUGAGAGGCCUGUGAGCAAUGGCCGCGAGAGUGGCGUGGACACAGCCACUCCAGCUAACACUGGACCUCAGGACAACGAGGUAACUCUGGAAAUGUGCGCCGAUGGGAGCCAGGACGUGCCCGACACCGGGGACAUGGACGCUGGGCCCUCAUCUGCCGACAGCGGGCGUAGCUGCAGCCCGAGCGUCUCAGCGCCGUCGGUGGGCAGACCACGCUACGGUGAAAAAGGAAGCGGGGGGAGCACCAGCGUGUCCCCAUUGUUGGAGACGCUGGUGGAGAGUGAUGCGGGGUUCCUGGAGACUACAAGGAGGAUGAACAGCUUAAUGGAGCAGCAAAUGGAGGCAGAUGCGGAGGAUAGACGCCUGGACAGGGAGGACAGACGCCUGGACAGGGAGGAGAGACGCGAGGAGCGGGCUGAGAGACGAGAGGAGAGGAUGGCACAGCAGCAAUUCAAUGACUCCUUUCUGGAUAUUAUGCAGGGCAUAGCAGGUCAGAAUCAUGGAACGCACCAGACUGACAUCACAGUCAUUCCUUUUCAGCAGGCAACGCCACCUUCCCUUCAGCCUACCAAAGGCAUUUUCAACCACCACACGUGCCUGGCUGAACUUCUUGUUAUAAAGAAGUUGCUGCUCUGUCAGACGCCCAGUGUCUGUGAAGGGUUUCAGCAGCCAGUCUUGUAG